AUGCGCUUGAAAUCAGUCCUGUACAUACCCAUUCUAGUCCUAUUCUACAGUCAUCAUGUCCUAGGUGAGACCUUUCAAAAUUGCCCCGCGGUGAGACGAGAGACAAUAGAGAAAACAAAACAAAAACACAGCUGAAAGUGUCCGUCUAAUUUCCGGCGUUGAUGUGGAAAUGAGACGGUCAGCAAUCGAGAGGAGAGCGCAAAAAUGUCAAAAAAGAGAAGAAAUUAGAGAGGGCGCCAGUGAAAUGUAACCAGUGACAAGGAGACAAGCCAAGACGCACUGUUUGAGAACCCUCUCGAGUGUCAAAACCGAUCUCCCGGCCUUUGAAGUCGCAAGACACGCCGCCGAUCUGCAGACAGAAUAUGCUCACCAACGUCCAAUUCCCUUUUCGAUACUGUUAAUCUGAGGCUGGUUACGGUGCCAGCUCUCGUCCGUUUGAGAGUGGGACAAUCCCGUAGAAAAAUGUAGAAACCCGUAGAAAUAAGUACGCAAACACAGAUACGCCAAAACGCAGAAAACUCAGAAUAUUGGACUCCUCAUGGAAUUUUUUUAAUCGUUCUGUCAAAUUUUCAUGUCUCAAAUGAAAAGUUACUAAAGGGGCGAAAAAGGCAAUCAAAAAUGAGUCAAAACAGUGUGCGCGCACCUUGCAUUAGGCUCCGCCCAUUUCUACAGGAUUUGACAUUUUUCUACGGGAUUUGACUCUACGGGUUUCGAAUUUUCUACGGGAUUGUCACACUCUCGUCCGUUUACCUUCUUUUCAAUUCAAUGUUUCGGAUCUUUUUUGUGGUAAACAUGUACAAAUCUGUGUGUUUACCAGUCGGAAUUCCGUAACCUGGCACCCAAAUGUUUAUUGUUUAUUCUUUCUCUGGGGGCGACAAUCAACACCGCCCGAGACGGUCAAAAAUGUACAAAAUUCAAAGAGCAAACACAGGAGUGGGGGAGGGCGCGAAAAGAAGGAUAUUUCUGGGAAGGCCUCCGCUUUUCUUUGAUAUUUGCCCGCAUCGGACGGUGACCGGAAGGGAUCGUUUUAUGGCAAGUUGCACGGAAAUGCGAACAAAAGGAGUGAGUGCACGGAAAGGGAAAGAGUUGCAGGUAUCCAGCAGAAUGAAGAGUUCCAACGCUACGAUGGAUGGUACAACAAUCUGGCGAACAGCGAAUGGGGAGCCGCUGGUGAGCACGCGAUUCUGAAAAAAGAAACUAAGAGCGAAGAGUGUUUCAGGCAGCAAACUGCACAGAGAUGCUCGGUCGCACUACCUGGACGGCGUUUAUCUCGUAAACAAUUCUCUCCCGUCAGCUCGCGAACUCUCGGACACCCUUUUCAAGGGAGAUUCCGGCAUUCCGAACACUCGCGGAUGCACCACUCUUCUCGCGUUUUUCAGUGAGUUCCUUCCACCUUUUCCACAGUAUCUCGAGACGGUUGUUGCCUUCAGGUCAAGUUGUCGCUUACGAAAUAAUGCAAUCAAACGGAGUGAGUUGUCCUUUGGAGACCCUCAAGAUCCAGGUGCCUUUGUGCGACAGUGUGUUCGACAAAAACUGUGAAGGAAAGACGGAAAUACCGUUCACACGUGCAAAAUAUGAUAAAAACACGGGGAGCGGACUGAACUCUCCGCGAGAACAGAUCAAUGAACGGACCUCGUGGAUCGACGGAUCCUUCAUUUACGGGACCACCGAACCAUGGGUCUCUUCGCUCCGAUCGUUCAAGCAAGGAAGGCUGGCGGAAGGAGUGCCCGGCUAUCCACCACUCAACAACCCGCACAUCCCACUCAACAACCCGGCACCGCCGCAGGUUCACAGACUCAUGAGUCCGGACCGUCUGUUCAGUGAGUGCUACCGUAAUCCGUGAUGAUGCCUACUACAGUACCUUUUUCAGUGCUAGGAGACUCCCGGGUCAAUGAGAACCCCGGACUCCUCUCGUUCGGUCUGAUUCUCUUCCGUUGGCACAACUACAAUGCAGAUCAGAUCCAUCGGAAACACACGGAAUGGACGGAUGAACAGAUUUUCCAGGCUGCUCGUCGCAUCGUUAUCGCUUCAAUGCAAAAGAUCAUCGCCUACGACUUUGUUCCUGCUCUUUUGGGAGAAGAUGUUCGUCUUUCCAACUACACAAAGUACAUGCCGCACGUGCCUCCAGGCAUCUCCCACGCAUUCGGAGCCGCCGCCUUCCGCUUCCCCCAUUCCAUCGUUCCGCCUGCAAUGCUUCUGAGAAAACGAGGAAACAAGUGCGAGUUCAGAACAGAAGUGGGUGGGUAUCCUGCUCUCCGAAUGUGCCAGAACUGGUGGAAUGCUCAGGAUAUUGUCAAGGAGUACAGCGUCGACGAAAUCAUUCUUGGUUAGUUGGAGGAGUGGGUCGAUGAGAACUUCUGAAGUUCAGGCAUGGCUAGUCAGAUUGCUGAACGCGACGAUAACAUUGUGGUGGAAGAUCUGCGUGAUUACAUCUUCGGACCAAUGCACUUUUCCCGCUUGGACGUCGUUGCUUCCUCGAUCAUGCGUGGCCGAGACAACGGACUUCCGCCCUACAACGAACUGAGAAGAACGUUCGGAUUGCCGCCGAAGACGUGGGAGAACAUAAAUGCGGAAUUCUAUCAGAAGCACACUGAGAAAGUGAACAAAUUGAGAGAUCUGUACGGAGGAAACAUUGACUUUUUGGAUGCUUAUAUCGGAGGGUAAGACCCUUUCUGUGCACGCCAACAACUAGGAUUCCUUUUUCAGAAUGCUCGAAGGGGGAGAAAAUGGUCCGGGUGAGCUGUUUAAGGCAAUCAUUAAGGAUCAGUUCGAAAGGAUCCGUGAUGGAGAUCGCUUCUGGUUUGAGAACAAACUGAACGGAAUCUUCACUGAAGAGGAAGUGCAGAUGAUCCACAGCAUCGGACUCCGAGAGAUCAUCAAGGCAACCACGGACAUUGACGAGACGAUGCUCCAGAAGGACGUGAGUGCUUUCCGUUCUCCAGAAGUCACCCUAUCCCGUUUCCAGGUGUUCUUCUUCAAAGAGGGAGAUCCGUGUCCGCAGCCAUUCCAAGUGAACACCACUGGAUUGGAGCCCUGCGUGCCUUUCAUGCAAUCCACUUAUUGGACAGACAAUGACACCACCUACGUGUUCACUCUCAUCGGAUUGGCGUGUGUCCCACUCAGUAAGUAUUUAUUCCAGCGAAUAAAUUCGUAAUGAUCCCGCAUUUCAGUCUGCUUCGGAAUCGGAAGCUAUCUCGUGAACCGACGCAUUCGCAUCGGACACAACAGUGCUUGCGACAGCCUCACCACUGACUUUUUGACGGAUAAUAUUGCAGCGAAUGGAGACAUUUUCUCUGUCAACGGUACGUUUUCUGCUACUUCGUACUUCAGAAGUGCAUUCUUCAGCUCUCGAGUGGCUCCAAGAAGAGUACAUUCGACAGGUUCGGAUAGAAAUAGAAAACACGACGCUGACGGUGAAGAAGCCGAGGGGAGGAAUACUGCGGAAGAUCAGAUUCGAGAGGGAUCAGAAGAUCGACCUGUUCCAUUCGACUCCGAAUCCGUCGGCAAUGCACGGGCCGUUCGUGCUCCUUUCUCAGAAGAAUAACCACCAUCUGGUGAUCCGACUGCCUUCCGAUCGAGAUCUUUCGAGGUUCCUCGAUCGGAUCAGGCAUGCGGCCAGUGGAAUAAAUGCGGAAGUUAAUGUGGCUGAUCAAGAAAACGCUGUGAGUAUACUAUGAAUUUACUGAUUGAGAAGAAAUGAACGUUCAGGUCCUUCUCUCACAAGCCAUCACAAAGGAACGUCGACAGGAUCGUCUGAAUCUGUUCUUCCGAGAAGCGUACGCACAAGCAUUCAAUGACGACGAACUGAGAGAUGCGGAGAAUUCGUUCGAUUCUUCGAACGACGAAAUUCUGAACGAGACGAUCAGCCGAGAAGAGCUGGCCGGAGCGAUGGGGAUGAAGGCGGACAACGUGUUCGUGCGGAGGAUGUUCGCGAUGACUGCCAAGCACAACGAGGACUCGCUCAGCUUCAAUGAAUUCCUGAAUGUGCUCCGAGAAUUCGUAAAUGGUAUGCCACUCAACUAGCUCCGUUCUCAUAGUUUGUUUUCAGCACCACAAAAACUGAAACUUCAAACGCUGUUCAAAAUGUGUGAUUUGGACGGAUCCAACAGGGUUCUUCGGAAAGAUCUGGCAGAAUUGGUCAGGGGUUUGAACCAGACUGCCGGAGUGCACAUAGACGAGAGAACACAGAGCGCCCUGUUCAACGACGUUCUUCACAAAUCAGGUUGGCUCUUUUCCUUUGAAUGCGUCCUCUAUUCCGCUGUUCAGGCGUCAGAAGCGACUCCGACUAUUUGACGUACGACGACUUCAAUGCGCUCUUCGUCAACAUUCCGGACAAUCAGCCGAUCGGACUUCCGUUUAACAGAAGAAACUUCCAACCGAGCAUCGGAGAGUCAGUUUCCCCGUUGAAGCCAACCCUCUUCCUAACCGUUCCGUUUCAGAACGUCUUCACUCAACUCGUUCGCUGUCGUCGACCGAUCCAUCAGCACUUCCGCUCCGCUCACCUUCAUUCACAAAGUGAGCGCUUUCCUCGAAACGUACCGUCAGCACGUCUUCAUCGUCUUUUGCUUCGUGGCCGUUAAUCUUGUCCUCUUCUUCGAGCGAUUCUGGCGUAAGUUCAUUCAUCCUAUGUGUAAUUUUAAUUAAACCCCUUAAGAUUACCGUUACAUGACCGAAAACCGCGAUCUUCGGCGUGUGAUGGGUGCUGGAAUCGCGAUAACUCGUGGCGCGGCCGGGGCUCUUUCCUUCUGCAUGGCCCUCAUUCUGCUCACUGUUUGCCGCAACAUCAUUACUUUGCUCAGAGAGACUGUCAUUGCCCAGUACAUUCCUUUCGAUUCAGCCAUCGCAUUCCACAAGGUCUAUUUCACUUCACUCCUUCUUCUUAUUCUUUUCCUACUCGAUGUGUUUCAGAUCGUCGCCCUUUUCGCUGCUUUCUGGGCAACUCUCCACACUGUCGGUCAUUGUGUCAACUUCUAUCACGUCGGAACUCAAAGUCAAGAGGGCCUUGCCUGCUUAUUCCAGGAAGCCUUCUUCGGGUAUUUCUUCGACUUCCUCCUCCCCUUUUAAUCCUUCCCUUUGCAGUUCCAACUUCCUGCCAUCCAUCAGUUACUGGUUCUACGGUACAAUCACCGGUCUCACUGGCAUCGCUCUAGUCGCCGUCAUGUGCAUCAUCUAUGUCUUCGCACUUCCGUGUUUCAUCAAACGAGCUUACCACGCAUUCCGUCUCACUCAUCUUCUCAACAUUGCCUUCUAUGCACUCACUAUUCUUCACGGUCUUCCCAAACUUCUCGACGUGAGUCUCCCCUUCCCUCUUCUUCCACAACUGUGUGUUUUCAGUCUCCUAAAUUCGGUUACUAUGUCGUCGGGCCCAUCGUAAUCUUCGUCUUCGACCGCAUAAUCGGUCUGAUGCAGUAUUACAAGAAGCUGGAAAUCGUCCGUGCGGAGAUCCUCCCCUCCGACAUUAUUUACAUAGAAUUCCGUCGUCCGCGGACAUUCCAAUACAAAUCCGGCCAAUGGGUUACUGUAUCCUCUCCGUCCAUCUCUUGCACUUUUAACGAAUCACACGCCUUCUCCAUCGCCUCCUCUCCUCAAGACGAGAACAUGAAACUGUACAUUAAGGCAGUCGGACCGUGGACGUGGAAGCUCCGCAGUGAACUGUUGAGAGCCCAGAACACGGGUGCUCCUUACCCGUUGGUCCACCUGAACGGACCGUACGGAGAUGGAAACCAGGAGUGGAUGAACUACGAAGUGGCGAUUAUGGUGGGCGGAGGAAUCGGAGUCACUCCGUACGCCUCCACACUCAACGAUCUCGUGCAGCUAACUUCGAAUGACAACUUCCACAGAGUAAGGUGCCAGAAAGUGUACUUCCUGUGGGUGUGCCCGAGCCACAAGAACUACGAAUGGUUCGUGGACGUUCUGAAGAAUGUGGAGGAGCAAGCGAGGCCGGGAAUUCUGGAAACGCACAUCUUCGUCACCCAGUUAUUCCAUAAAUUCGAUCUCCGAACAACCAUGCUGGUAAGAUCAGAGAGAAAAAGAGAAAAACAGACAGGAGAUUAUAAGGAUCACUUUUCAGUACAUCUGUGAGCAGCACUUCCGAGCAAAGAACGAAGGAAUGUCCAUGUUUACGGGAUUGCACGCGAAGAAUCACUUCGGUCGUCCCAACUUCAAGGCGUUCUUCCAGUUCAUUCAAAGCGAGCACCGAGAGGUAGGGAUUCUAUCGGGGCUUCCUCUCCAACUUCCACGUGUUUGCAGCAGUCCGAGAUCGGAGUGUUCAGUUGUGGUCCCGUGCAGCUUAACGAAAAGAUCGCCGAAGGAUGUGCGGAGGCAAACAGACAACGGGACGCUCCGUCGUUCGCACAUCGCUUCGAGACCUUUUGA